CUGGCACCUCUCCGCAGUCCAUGUGCUGGGCUGUUGCCUGCGGCCAUGGCAGAGUUAUCAGGCUGGGAUGCCCUGGGGAGAGGGGUUUCGGUUCACUAAAUGGUAUAUCUCAGUAAUAACACAGCUUCUGCUUCUGCUUCUCUGCAAGCCACAGCCCAGACCUGUCGUGUUAGAGUGAUGUGCUCUGAGGUACUCAGCUUUCUCAGAGUCCGUCUUUAUUUUUGGUUUAUCUUUUCGGCAAGCGAAGGUAGCUUUCGUGCUGCUUGCCUGACUCUCUCCAGUGGUGGGACUGGAGGUUCCUUCCUACAGAAAAGGUCAUAGAAGCAGGUCGUAGAUGAGAGCUGAGGCAGGUUUCUGCGUCACACCACCUUUGUUGCAGUGUACCUGGAGACGUAUGGCUGCCAGAUGAACGUCAAUGACACUGAGAUCGCCUGGGCCAUCCUGCAGAAGAAUGGCUAUGCGAGGACAAAGGAGUUGGAUGAGGCAGAUGUGAUUCUCCUUGUCACCUGUUCUGUGAGGGAGAAGGCAGAGCAGGCUAUCUGGAAUCGCCUGCAGCACCUCAAGGCGCUGAAAGCCCGGCGGCAGCAGGCUCGCUUACCUCUCCGCAUUGGGAUUCUAGGUUGCAUGGCUGAGAGGCUUAAGGAGGAGAUUCUGCACAGGGAGAAGCUAGUCGAUAUUGUGGCAGGCCCUGAUGCAUAUCGUGACCUUCCCCGGCUGCUGGCCGUGGCAGAGUCUGGCCAGCAAGCUGCUAAUGUCUUGCUGUCGCUAGAUGAGACUUACGCAGAUAUUCUGCCUGUCCAGACUAGUGCAGGUGGCACAACAGCAUUUGUAUCUAUCAUGCGGGGCUGUGACAACAUGUGUAGCUAUUGCAUUGUGCCCUUCACCCGUGGCCGUGAAAGGAGCCGCCCCAUCGCGUCCAUCCUGCAGGAAGUGCGGAUGCUCUCGGAUCAGGGAGUGAAAGAAGUGACCCUUUUGGGUCAGAACGUCAACAGCUUUCGAGACAUGUCUGAGGUACAGUUUCAAUCAGCGGCUGCCCCAGUCCUCAGUCGUGGCUUUAGCACAGUCUACAAAGCUAAACCAGGAGGCUUGCGCUUUGCACAUCUUCUAGACCAGGUUUCUAGAAUUGAUCCAGAAAUGAGGAUCCGUUUCACCUCGCCACACCCCAAGGAUUUUCCUGAUGAGGUCCUGCAGCUUAUCCAGGAGCGACACAACAUCUGCAAACAGCUUCACCUCCCAGCCCAGAGUGGAAGCACACGAGUCCUGGAGGCCAUGCGACGAGGAUACACAAGAGAAGCAUAUUUAGAGCUUGUACACCAUGUGCGUGAGUCCAUUCCAGGAGUGAGGUUAAGCAGUGAUUUCAUUGCCGGCUUCUGUGGAGAGACAGAAGAAGACCACCAGCAGACCCUGUCCUUGCUGCGGGAAGUUCGCUACAAUGUAGGCUUCCUGUUUGCCUACAGCAUGAGACAGAAAACCCGGGCAUAUCACCGGCUGCAAGACGAUGUGCCUGCAGACAUAAAAAAGAGGCGGCUGGAGGAGCUCAUUACUGUCUUUCGAGAAGAGGCUGCAAGAGCAAAUGAGGCGAUGGUGGGCCAGUCUCAGCUGGUGCUGGUAGAGGGGCCCAGCAAGCGCUCUGCCUCGGAGUUGUGUGGGAGGAAUGACGGCAACAUCAAGGUGAUCUUCCCUGAUGCCGAGAUAGAGGAUGCUGUGGGCUGCAAGGCUCUGGUCAGAGCCCAGCCAGGGGACUAUGUGUUGGUGAAGGUAACCUCUGCCGGCUCUCAGACCUUGAAGGGAGUUCCGCUCUGUCGUACCAGCCUCUCCCGCUCUGCAGCUUGUCAUUGAGGUAUCCCUGCUGCUGGUGGACAGAAGCAGCACAUUUUCCUCAGGAAGAAACAAGGAAGUUUGGUCAGGUGGAGAUAGGGUAGAAACAGGGACAUAUAUGUGUAUUAGAAUAUGUAUAUG